UCCUCGCGUUCCUGCUCCGGCUCCUCCAUCUUGGCCUCGGCAGUGGCGGCUGCCGGGAGGAUGUGCCGACUUCUGGCAGAGGGAAGAAGGAGGAGAAGAUGAAGAAGUACCGGCGGGCCUUGGCCCUGGUCUCCUGCCUGUCUCUGUGCUCCCUGGUCUGGCUUCCCAGUUGGCGUGUAUGUUGUAAAGAGAGUUCUUCAGCUUCAUCAUAUUAUUCUCAAGAUGACAAUUGUGCACUAGAAAAUGAAGAUGUACAAUUCCAGAAAAAGGAUGAAAGAGAGGGACCUAUGAAUGCUGAAUUAUCAGAAAAAGUGGGUUCAAACUUACCUGUUUCCCCAGAAGAACAUAAAUUAAAAAAUGACUAUGCUGUGGAUGUACAAAAUACAGAGUCAAAAAAGUUAAGUCCAUCUGUGAUUGAGACACUCCCUCCAGUUGAUCUACAUGAAGAUUCUUCCAGUGUAAUUGUGGGCAGUGAAAACAUUGAAAAUAUUUCCAGCUCAUCUACCUCAGAGAUCACUCCAAUCUCAAAGCUUGAUGAAAUAGAAAAAUCCGGUACUAUUCCUGUAACCAAGCCAAGUGAAACUGAGCAGUCUGAAACUGAUUGUGAUGUUGGUGAGGUUCUUGAUGCGAAUGCUCCAGUUGACCAGCCUUCCUUUGUUAAUCCACCUGAAAGCCUUGUUGGCCAGCAUAUAGAAAAUGUGUCAUCUUCACAUGGCAAAGGAAAAAUAACAAAAUCAGAAUUUGAAUCAAAGGUUUCAGCAAGUGAUCAGGGGAGUGGUGAUCCAAAAUCUGCAUUGAAUGCUUCAGAUAAUUUAAAAAAUGAGAGUUCUGAUUAUACAAAACCAGGAGAAAUUGACCAUACAUCUGUAACAAGUCCCAAAGACCCAGAAGAUAUACCAACAUUUGAUGAAUGGAAGAAGAAAGUUAUGGAAGUAGAAAAAGAAAAAAGUCAGUCAAUGCAUCCAUCUUCUAAUGGAGGUCUACAUGCAACAAAAAAAGUCCAGAAAAAUCGAAAUAAUUAUGCCUCAGUAGAAUGUGGCGCCAAAAUUUUGGCAGCUAAUCCAGAAGCCAAGAGCACAUCUGCUAUUCUUAUAGAAAAUAUGGAUCUUUAUAUGUUGAAUCCUUGCAGCACUAAAAUUUGGUUUGUUAUUGAACUAUGUGAACCAAUUCAAGUAAAACAGCUUGAUAUUGCAAAUUAUGAAUUAUUUUCUUCUACUCCGAAAGACUUUCUGGUUUCUAUCAGUGACAGAUAUCCCACAAACAAAUGGAUUAAGCUGGGUACUUUCCAUGGUAGAGAUGAGAGGAAUGUUCAGAGUUUCCCUUUAGAUGAACAGAUGUAUGCAAAAUAUGUGAAGAUGUUCAUCAAGUACAUAAAGGUGGAGUUGAUAUCACAUUUUGGAUCAGAGCACUUUUGUCCAUUAAGCCUUAUAAGGGUAUUUGGCACUAGCAUGGUAGAAGAGUAUGAAGAGAUUGCUGAUUCCCAGUAUCAGUCAGAACGUCAAGAACUAUUUGAUGAAGACUAUGAUUAUCCACUGGAUUAUAAUACUGGGGAGGAUAAAUCCUCAAAAAAUCUUUUUGGUUCUGCUACAAAUGCCAUUCUAAAUAUGGUGAAUAUUGCCGCUAAUAUUCUGGGAGCAAAAACUGAAGACCUGACAGAAGGAAAUAAAAGUUUAUCUGAGAAUGCCACUGCCACAGCUGCACCUAAAAUGCCUGACUUAGCUCCUGUUGCAACUCCUGUUUCGUCACCUGAGUUUGUAACCACUGAAGGACAAAUACACGAUACAGAGCUGUUGUCACCAGAUACUCCAAAAGAGAGUCCCAUUGUACAGCUAGUUCAAGAGGAAGAAGAAGAGGCAAGUCCAUCUACAGUGACCCUUCUGGGUAGUGGUGAACAGGAGGAUGAAUCAUCACCCUGGUUUGAAUCAGAGACACAAAUACUUUGCAGUGAACUGACCACAAUUUGUUGUAUUUCUAGUUUUUCGGAAUACAUAUAUAAAUGGUGUUCAGUUCGAGUUGCUCUUUAUCGGCAACGUAGCAGAACUACUGUGAAGAAAGAAAAAGAUCAUCUUGUGACAGCUCAACCACCAUUACUGCUUCCUGCAGAAUCAGUGGAUGUUUCAGUCUUGCCACCUCCAAGUGGAGAAAAGGACAGUAAGAGUAAGGAGAAGGAAGCUGAAACUAUUGUUCCAGGUGACUUACGUAGUCUGCACAAAGGUGAUUUGAUUAAUCAUAGUGCAGAUGCAAUUGAGCUUGAACCAAGCCAUCCUCAAACUCUUUCUCAAUCUCUUCACUUAGAUGUUACUCCAGAAAUCAAUUCAUUAUCUAAAAUAGAAGUAUCUGAGCCUAUUAAAUUUGAGGCAGGACCUACACCAUCUCAAGUGAUCCCCCUAGAGAGUUCUAUGGAGCUUGAUAAUGAAACAGAAAAAAAGUCUGAGAGUUUUAGUUCUGUAGAAAGGCCAACUGUGAUCUAUGAAACAAAUAAAGUUAAUGAAGUAAUGGAUAAUAUUGUAAAAGAGGAUAUAAACUCCAUGCACAUUACCACAAAGCUAUCUGAAACAAUAGUGCCACCUGUGAACACAGCUACUGUGCCAGACAGUGAAGAUGGGGAAGCCAAAAUGAACACAGCUGACACACCAAAGCAAAUUUUGACUCCUGUUAUGGAUUCUUCUUCAUUACCUGAAGUGAAAGAGGAGGAACAGUCUCCGGAAGAUGCCCUUUUAAGAGGGUUACAGAGGACAGCUACAGACUUUUAUGCUGAAUUGCAAAAUUCCACAGAUCUAGGAUACACUAAUGGAAAUCUUGUACAUGGAUCAAACCAAAAGGAGUCGGUAUUUAUGAGACUUAAUAAUCGUAUAAAGGCCUUAGAAGUUAACAUGUCUCUCAGCGGCCGCUAUCUGGAGGAGCUUAGCCAAAGGUACCGAAAACAAAUGGAAGAAAUGCAGAAGGCUUUCAAUAAAACAAUAGUAAAACUUCAGAAUACUUCGAGAAUAGCAGAGGAACAGGAUCAGCGGCAAACGGAAGCCAUCCAGUUACUACAGGCCCAGUUGACCAACAUGACACAGCUUGUUUCAAACCUUUCGAUAACAGUAGCAGAAUUACAACGUGAGGUGACUGUUACUGCUGGUGCUGUAAGACACACUGCCUGUGCAGAGGUUUCAGAUCGACAGAGCUAUCUUGUCAUAUCUCUGGUUCUUUGUGUUGUCUUGGGACUGAUGCUUUGUAUGCAGCGUUGUCGAAAUACCUCUCAAUUCGAUGGAGAUUAUAUUUCAAAACUUCCUAAAAGUAAUCAAUAUCCAAGCCCUAAAAGGUGUUUCUCUUCCUAUGAUGAUAUGAAUUUGAAAAGGAGAACCUCAUUCCCACUCAUCAGAUCCAAGUCUCUACAGUUAACUGGCAAAGAAGUAGACCCAAAUGAUUUGUACAUCGUGGAACCCCUCAAGUUCUCUCCAGAAAAAAAGAAGAAACGCUGCAAGUACAAAGCUGAAAAGAUUGAAACCAUAAAGCCGGCAGAUCCACUGCACCCGAUAGCCAAUGGAGACCUAAAAGGAAGGAAGCCCUUUAUGAACCAGAGAGAUUUUUCUACCAUGGGAGAAGUUUAUCACUCUUCCUACAAGGGCCCUCCAUCUGAAGGCAGCUCAGAAACAUCCUCACAGUCUGAAGAGUCUUAUUUUUGUGGCAUUUCAGCGUGCACAAGUCUGUGCAAUGGACAGUCCCAAAAGACAAAAACUGAGAAGAGGGCUUUAAAACGAAGGCGAUCUAAAGUCCAAGACCAAGGAAAACUGAUAAAAACUCUAAUACAGACUAAGUCAGGGUCCUUGCCGAGCCUGCAUGACAUAAUCAAAGGAAACAAAGAGAUCACCGUGGGAACAUUUGGUGUCACAGCAGUCUCGGGACAUAUCUAAAAUGAAGAGAACUUUUCAUACUGGAGCCUUUUGUUGUUGUUGUUCUUUGAAGAACAGUCUGUGGUAUUUGAAGGGUUUGGGGGAGGGAGAAAAUACUAAUGGGAAAAAUAUUCAGAAAUUAUGGUUUCUGCCUUUUUUAAAAGAGUAGAUGGGAUUGUGUCAAUCUUCGUUAAUGAGCUGCAGUUUUACAAGGCUGAUCACUUCCUACAGGGACAAUGGUAGACAUUUUAUAAAGGUGUUUUUUCACAAAUUAAUUACUGGGACAAACAUAAUUUGGAAGCCCAGUUCCUUUGGGUGGGAUAGGAAUGAAAGCCUAAACCUCUUCCUUUAGCUUUGUUCCUAUUUCUUGCACCUUCCCAUAUUUAUGUGCCUUUCGUCUAUUUAUAAUGCCACUGGAAGAGGAGGGAGAACUUUUUCUGUCAUUUGAUUUCUUUUAUAACUUUGUUAGGUUUUUGAAGCUGCAAACACUACAAGGCUUUAAGGUGAUCUGCGCCUGAAGUUCGGUAAUGUGGGUCAGACAGUGUGAAGUCCUACAGACUUGCCAACUAGACUUCUGUUUAACAAACUCACUAGAAACAAAAAAAAAUUGCUGGGAUUUUUAAGUCUGUCCUUUUAGGUAAAUGGCGAUACAGACAUUUUCAUUUAACUUACUCACACUAGUUUUUCUCUGGUUACUAAAUGAGAAAAAAAAAAAAGCCUACAAGGUCUUUUCCUGCAAAUGACUGGUAUUUGCAAGUACAUUUUUUAUAAAUUCACCUUUUAGACACAUUUCACCAUUUGUAAAGGAUUUCUUUGGCUACAUUACAUUUUAAACAUUCACAAUAAGCACUAAUCCUCCAGACUUCCAGGUCAGUGUUUCCUGUUACUGCAAACAGAGCAUUUGAAGGUUUGUCAAAUGAGCCCAAAUUCUCGUAGGAUAUAAUCACUGCCUCAGUACACGUGCCCGGAACCAGCUAGUGAGCUUGUGAGGCCUUGUCUGAUUGGUCAAGUCUAAAGGGAUUCCUUGAUGUUUGCUUUGUAUUGGCUACAGAUGUGCAGAGGUAUAUGUGUGUGAUGUCAAUGUGUCUGUCUUCAUUUUGUCUCUUUUUCUUUAAAAAUAAUUGGCAGCAACUGUAUUUGAAUAAAAUAAUUUCUGAGUGUGUGUUUGUACAGUAAUGAGCGAAAGUGGAAAGUUUCAUUUUGAAAGGGAGAGAAUUGACCAUUUUGUGUUGUAAAAUUUAAGUUAUAACUUAUUGAGCACUUUUAGUAAUAACUGUUUUUAAACUUGUCUAAUACCUUUCUGGGGGUAUUGUUUGUAAUGUGACCUAUUUAAAGCCUUUUUUGUUUGUUUAAGUUGCUGCUUUUAGGUUAACAGUAUGUUUUAGAUGAUUUAAAUUUUUUUUCCAAUCUGUACAAUUAGCCAUUCAGAGCAAGAGGGCCUGAUUGUAUAGAAACUCACUGAAACGAGGUCCAGAUGAGAGCAGAGCGAGAGUGUGAAGUUCCACAAUCCGUGUGCAGUACCCAGUGUUGUGGAAAGAUGACUUUCAAUAUGUAACUACGGAGCUGUAGUGCCAUUAGAAACUGUGAAUUUCCAAAUAAAUCUGAACACUCGUCUUUAUUAA